UAUAUAGCGAAGAGGGUGGGGGAAAAGGAAUUAUAGAUUUGUCGCUAUAUCUCUCUCCUCUUUAUUUUUUUUUUAAACCCGUCGUCUCCGGGGAAGGAGAUGGAAAAAAUAACACAAAAUAUAUGUAAAAAGAAAGAAAAUUUGCACAAAAAGCCCUUUGUUGCUGUUGCUGCUGUUUUGCGUGUAUUGAGUGAGUGGAUUGACUAGAAGAGAGAGAGAGAGAGAGAGAGAGACAGGCUUUGUUGGAGUGUCAUUUUCCUAUAUAUACUCUCGAGGCAUUAGAAACUCAGACCCACAUCAUCUCUCCUUAUUAUUCCCAAUAUCCUCUCCUCUCCUCUCCCUCUCCACCAUUUUCUUUUUCUAUUAUUAAUUAUUUGUUUUUAUUUAGCAAAAUACCACACACCUCUCUCUCUCUCUCCUUCUCUCCUUCUCUCCUUCUCUCCUGGUGAGGAUGUCUGUUUCUUGAGGAAGAGAAAAGUCUUCCCUUUUUUUUUUUUCCAUUUAGCCUUUGUUUCUUUGUUUCUUUGUUUCUUUACAGCACACUCUCUCACUUUCUUUCUCUCCCUUUCUUUUUUGUUCUCAGUUUUCAUUUGAAGCAUACUAAACCCUUGUUUUCUUUGUCAUCCAUGUUAGGGAGCAAAAUCACCAUCAUGAGUAGUCUCUCAUAAUAUUCUCUUUCUUUCUUGUUGUUAUACAUAUAUGUGUGUCUGUGUCUGUGUUUUUAUUUUUGAAGCAAACUGAUGGAUGAAAUCAAAGAAUACAAUCACAUACUGUAUGUCGGUGAGUGUGUUGUUUAGGUUCUGAAAUUUGUCAGUAGGAGAAGAAGUGGGUUAUUGAGAGAGAUAGCUGGAGCACUUUGUAGCUGUAGAGGCAGCUGCUGGGAAUAAAUAAAGACCUUCUUCUCUUUUUUUGUUUUAGUUUUUUUACAAAAAUGCCUCAUGAAAAAGGGAUUUCAGAGGCUGCAGGCAGCUGCCGCUUAUCUUUGAAUCCGAUUCCUGAUCUUUCACUGCACAUAAGCCCUCCAAACGCAAACACAAACAAAAACGCAAACAGUGCUCCCUCCUCCAUUUGCACUGACCAAAGCACAAACGAAGCACCUAAUCAUCACGAAUCCGGCAGCUGCUUCGACAUAUGGUGCAGAGACAUGGACGGCGAUGGCCUGAUUAACAAAUCGCACAGUGACAGUUGUGUUAGAAGAGGCAGCUGCAGUCUAGUCGCAGCAGCUGAUCAUGACACUGAGCUCUCUCUUGCAAAUCCCACAGCUUCGGAGGCUGAGAGCCGCUGGAGAAAAAACUAUUUCAACACCCGGGGAGGCGGCGGAGAGGGUCGUCGUCAUCAUCUUCAUCACCAUGAAGAAGAAGAAGAAGCAAAGACCAGUAUAAGUCAUGGGUUUUCGAUGCUGGAUGUAGCGGAGAGGCUCAAACCCAUCAAAGGAAUUCCAGUUUACAACUGUCCUCCUACUAAUUGCUCCUUUCCUCCAAACUUGGAGGACCAAUCUCACUACUCAAGAGUGGACCGAGAUCAGAGGGAUGAUUUUGAUUCUAACAAGUUGCGCUUGUAUCUGUCUAAUUCCUUGAGGCCUGCUGCACCGGCUGCAAAUUCAUGUAGUGGUAUGGGAAUGGGAAUGGGAAUGGGCUUUGAAUCCGCCAUGUCCCGGACGUUUAACGGGAUGACCAUGGACAGUCUAAGUCAACGACAACACUACUUUCCGUCGUAUAACUUGAAUCAUUUGCAGCAGCAGCAGCAGCAGCAAUGCAGUGUUGGUGGUGUUAGUGGAGGUGCAAAUUACAGUUAUAAUUAUAAUUCGGAUUUGCCCUCUAAUGGAUUCAUCAUGAGAUCGAGAUUUACGCCGACUAAGCUAUCUCAGAAUAUCAACAAGAGGAACAUGAGGGCGCCAAGAAUGCGCUGGACUACUUCCCUCCAUGCCCGUUUUGUUCACGCUGUCGAGCUCCUUGGCGGCCAUGAAAGGGCUACUCCAAAGUCAGUGUUGGAGCUCAUGGAUGUCAAGGAUCUCACACUUGCUCAUGUUAAGAGCCAUUUGCAGAUGUACAGAACUGUAAAGAACACUGACAAACCUCUAGGUUCCUCAGAUGGAUCUGGUGAUGAAGAUCUUUUGUCCACAACAACAACACAUCAUCAUAAUUCAAGUGCCUUACUUAACCAAAGAGGAGCCUCAAAUUUAGAGCACGAUAUGGAACACCACCACCACCCUUCUUCUAACAAUCUGUGGGGCAAUUCUUCCAGUAGAGGAGCAUGGCUGCAAGCCGGUUCAAUGGAUCGAAAUGGGCUUAGACCAGAAAUGGUCUCUCACCAUUCAAUUAUUUCCAGAAUCCAAUUUAAGGUAGUGAGCUGAAAUUAGAUCCGAUACUUGUUGCUUGCGUGAAACCUUUCAUAUAAGUUUUUCCUUAAAUUUUCAUGGAAUUGUCUUAUGGAUUUUAAGAAAGACAUAGUCAAGGCUAGUGAUACCUGAUCAAGUGUGCAACUUUAUGCAAUAUGUAUGAUCCUUUUGUAUGUCUAUACAUACACAUGUAUUGGUAAAUUGAGUAGAUCAUCAUGAUCAAGUGUACAACUUUAUGCACUAUUAUGAUCCUCUCUAUCAA